AUGAAACACCAUCUUAUGGAACGCAGGGGAGAACAGACACCAGUCAGUGGGACCACGAUCAGCAUGGCCAGCCCAGAGUCCACAAAGGAGAACACGGGCGUGUGCUGGCCAGGUGCAGGGACCAUGAGGAGGAACGAAUCAUCUCCGAGGCCAGGGCCUGCCUUCCUCCCAGAGGACGACAUCUACUUGGCAGCCCGGACACACAGGAUGCUGGGCUGGAGCAGCUCUCCAUCAUCCCAGUCGUCCUCAGAGUACCAGUCUUAUUCUCAGUACCAGUCCUGGGCUUCCAGCAGGAGCGAGGAGGAGCAGGAGGCCCCACCAGAGAGCGUGUGUGCCCUGUACACGCAUGUGCAGACCGUGCGCGGCGUGGCAGUGGCUUGGGAGACUGACGAAGGCUUCGAGCCCGUCACCAGGAAGCCCCUUAUCCGUGAGGCUGAGUUCAUCAAGCGACAGCGGCGGAAAGGCUCCUCCUUCGAAAUGGCCUCCAACACAGACCUGCGUUGGGAGCUGGAAGCCUGCAAGCACUACUGUCCGGAGCCUGAGGACUCUGUGGACUGCUGCUUGCAGGAGUUGCGAGCACCGCCAGACUGGUUGGUCACCACCAACCAUGGCCUUCGCUGUGUGGCCUGCUGUAGAGUCUUCCCCACGUUGGAGGCGCUGCUGGACCACGCCCAGCAUGGCAUCCGCGAUGGCUUCAGCUGCCAGAUAUUUUUUGAGGAGAUGCUGGAAAGGAAGCGGGCCCGGGAUCAAAGGCAGGACCAACAGCCUGUAGAGGAGGAGCAGAGCCAUUCUGACAGUAGUGAGUGUUCCAAGUCCUGCACCAAGGAUCUUCCCCAGCAGACACAGCAGCAACAGCAGCAGCAGCAGCAGCCACAGCAACAGCCACAGCAGCUGCCACAGCAGCAGAAGCCAGAGCAGACGCCACAGCAGCAGAAGCCACAGGAGCAGCCACAGCAGCAUCCACAGGGGAAGUAG